UUAAAAGCAGAAUUACAUAGAAAUAAAAUUAUAAUCCACAAAAUGCCACCCUAGCUCUUCCGUCCGGGUUGCCGCCAUGCCAUCCACACUCAGGAAGACCCGGAAUCACCGGGGCCGCGGGAGCCCUGGCCGCGGCCCGGUGCACAAGCACCCGAAGCACCCAGGAGGCCGGGGCCAUGCUAGCGGCACGCAUCACCGCAGGAUCAGCUUCCACAAGUCUCACCCAGGCUACUCUGGAAGAGUUGGUCUGAGGCAUCACGACCACGUAAAGAGGAACCAGAACUUCUGCCCAACUGUCAACCUUGAUAAACUGGGGACCUUGGUCGGUGAGGAGACACGAGGAAAUGCUGCCAAAAACAAGACUGGGGCAGCUCCUAUCACUGAGGUGGUGCGAUCGGGCCACUACAAAGUUUUGGGGAAGGGCAAGCUCCCCAAACAGCCUGUAAUCAUGAAGGCCAAAUUCUUCAGUAGAUGCGCUGAGGAGAAGAUUUAA